AAAAGCAGAGAACAAAGGGACCUUUAUAAUGCCAGAGCCGACUGCAGAAGACUGCGCUUCGCUCCCCCUCUCUCUCCCUUCUUCUCGUCUCUUCCUACAACCAACCUGCAGCUAUGCUCCGGUUCCACCACACCGACCCCACUUAUCCUGCGUUUUCCAUCUUCGCCUGUCUCGGCUUUGUCCUUCCGUUGAUUCCCUUGUCCUGGCACAUGCAGCGUGGAACUCUGGUACAUGCUGGUACAUAUUCUGGUCGUCUCUGUCCUGCCUCAAUCUUUUCGUCAACUCCUUGGUAUGGGCUGGAACACCCUCAACGUCGCACCUGCCUGGUGUGAGAUUUCUAUCCGAAUCAUCAUGGGCGCCUCAGUAGGAUUGCCAGCUGCAUCGCUGUGCAUCAAUCGUCGUUUGUACAAUAUCGCUAUCGUGCGGUCUGUCGUUGUCACCAAGGCUGAGAAACGCAGAACGGUCCUCAUCGACUCCAUGAUUUGUGGCGUGUUCCUGCCGUCUUCGUUGGCGCCCAGUAUAUUGUCCAGGCCAUCGCUUCAACAUCUUCGAAGACAUCGGCUGUUACCCCGCCAUCUUCAAUACUCUGCCGGCUUACUUCAUCUCUGCCAUGUGGCCGGUCAUCAUUGGGCUCGUCUCGGCCGUGUAUUGUGGAUGACCCAGUGCUUUCUCUUCGAGCCUUUUCUCAACGGCGUGCCGCCUUAA